AAGUUUUAAAAAAAUAAAAAUAAAUUUGAAUCCGCGAAAAAAAAAGAAAGAAAGAUUGUUGGAGUUUGGGUUUCGAUUCUCCCUGGAAGCAAAAUACACAUUUCUACAUCUUAAACCCUGAACCCCGCGGAAAAACAUUUUGCUUCUAGUUUUCACUUAACCCUGUUGCGUUCAUCCCCCGGAGUUGAAGAGUCUUCUCCUAGGGUGAAUUCCUUGAUCCCAGGAACAAAGGGUCAAUUGAUUCUUGAUCUUUGGUUAUUUGCUCCGUGAAUACAGAUCUUAAGAAGAAAGUUGGUUGAGCCAAGAGAAAGGGAACGGACAAGAUGCCUCUUUAUGACUGCAUGCUUUUGUUGAAACCCCAUGUAAAGAAGGAGGCAUUGAUGGACUUGGCUGCUAAAGUUGGGAAACAUGUUUACAGAAGAAAUGGGGUUCUUACUGGUGUCAAGUCAUUUGGACAAGUUCAAUUGGGUUAUGGCAUCAGGAAACUUGAUGGGAGGUACUAUCAGGGCCUACUGAUGCAAAUGACAAUGAUGACACCGCCCAGUUUUAAUGAAGAGCUGCAUUACCUUAACAAGGAAGACCGAUUGCUUCGCUGGCUUCUGGUCAAACAUCGUGACAUGAAAUAUGGGCUGGACUUUCUGGGUGAAGAUGAUCCUAACUUAAGAAGAUAUGGGAGCAGUUUGUUUGACAAUGAGGAUGACAAGGAUGACAGUGAGGAUGAGGAUGAUGAUGAUGAGUAUGAUGCCGACCAAGGGCAUGAUAAUGAUGGGAAUGAUGAUGAUGAGGAUGAUGAUGGUGAUGAUGAUGAUGAGGAUGAGUACGAGGCGGACCAAGGAGAGAAAAAGGAAGGCUAAAAUGAUUAUGCAUCUUAUUCAAAGUCGACAUGGCUGUUAGCUUUUGCAUUUUUUUUUUUAUUAUCUCAGGAGUCUUCUUUAUGCUGUUCAUAAGGUGUACGGGUAGCGGAAAUCACAUAAUGCUGACGUAUUAGUUCAAAAUGGAGCUGCUGGUAGCAGUAACUGCUGGAAGUUGACAACUAAGCCUUUUCAAUGUACAAGGAGUAUAUGCCUAGUGCCAAAGGAAUAUAUGCAGUUGGUAUGCAUACGUACUUUUCCUGCGUUUUAAUCUCUUUUGCGGGUCAAUAAUAUGCUAGCUAACUUGUUCGCACGAA